UUCUCAACCAGAAAGCUCUGCACUUUUCAUUCUCUCUCACAUGGCUCGCUCUCUGUCCCAAGCCUUAAUCAAGCUGAGUCCAAUCUCCCCUUCUCCGGCGCGCCCGUCAUCGACUCGGCUGCUCGCCGUCCGCUCUCAAUCUAACGUUCCUAACCACUCUGACCUCUCCGAUCCUUCUGAUUCCUCUUCGUCAACCGAUCCCCUUCUCCGGAAGCUGGAGGACGCCAUCCACCGCAUCAUCGUACGCCGUUCUGCACCCGAUUGGCUCCCCUUUCUGCCGGGUUCCUCUUAUUGGGUCCCGCCCCCAACCUCCCAGUCUUACGGCAUCGCUCAGCUCGUUGAGAAAUUAGCCAAUCCCUUGACGCAUGAGGAGUCCAUGUCCACCACCACAGUCAGAGGCUGGCCUUCUUCUGAAUAUUUCAUCAAAGGUGGACCUCCGCAACCAGUGGAGGUAGAGACAACAUCAGAACAUUUAUCUAAACCCGAGGAUGAGGAAGGAUGAAACCUUUGGCAAUAAUGGCAUCUUUGGCUCAUCUGGAAAGAUUGAAGUUGGAGAAGCAAGGACUAGGUAGCAGAAGAGCUGACAACAAGCUCUUUUGGUCAAUUGGAGAUGAGCUGUAUAGAUGCAAUCUGGCUGGUUGGUCAGAGGCAACUUCUUUCAAGAUUUUAGAUUUGGAAAUUAUUGUGCAUUCUCAAUUUGUGUUGUUAAAGCAAAAGAUCAUCAGUAGUUGUAUUAUAUGUAUGAUCUAUUUAGCAUUACUCCAUUCCCGGUAUACUCUUUCACUUACUUUCCCAUAACUGGUGUAAAUACUCAGUCUUGCUGAAUAAAGUUGAUGCAAGUGCCCAUUUAUUUUA